AUGGCGCCCAAAAGCGAGCACGCGUCCAAGCAAGCGAGUGCGAGAGGCAGCGCAGCGCCCAUGGAUGUGGAUGCCAAGCCACCUGCUGCAUCCACCACCUCCAAGGUGAAAGCGUCUUCCUCAUCUCUCUCCAAUACAGCUCAGCGGCCCAAGUCUCCUCCCCCACCGACAGAGUACCGAGAUAUUCCUCUGCUCUCCUUGUCCAAUGCCAGUUCCCUCUUUGAUACUUCUACCGAUCAGAAGGGAGAAGCAAAGGUGAAGACGCACCUCCUCAAACUGGUCUCCAACGCCUCUCUCGAUCUCAGCUCAGCGGAAAGAUUCUCUCAACCUCUUCGAUUGAAUAGAAAACUUCUACCAAAGCUGAAAGCUCCAAGACCUGAUCCAGGGGAUGUGAUACCGGACAAAUAUGGUAGAUCAAUUCUCGGUUUGGGAGAUGAUGGCAAAUCCCCGUUGAGGUGGCCCAGGAAUCGGCAAGAAUUGGAUCAGGUCAAGGCUUGGCUAGACAAGGGCAAGGAGGAAAAGUCAGUCAAUCGAUUCGUGCUUGUAUGCGGCAUAUCGAAGGUCCGCGUCUCCUUGGUUGCUCACACACUAUACUGAUGCACGUCUGCUCGCUCCCCCUCCCCACGCUAGAACGAGUCAAGUAGAUGUCUCCCAGAUAGCUCCCACCUCGAGCAACGCAGCCCAACGCAACAAAACCCAGCUCUUCAAGAAGCGGGUCAGGGAAGUUCACAAGGCAGCAACUUCGUCGCGCAAAACGUGGAAUGAUGAGAGGUUACCUUGGAUCUUGGAAGAUCAAGAGACGUCAAAGGAGUGGGAGAGUAGUAGGACGCUCAACCCCAGCGGCCUGGCCGCUCUUCGAGAAGAGGUGGAAAAGUUUGAAAGAGGAGAAACGAGCAACAUUCGAUUUGUGCAAGAGCCGCUCACCGAGGCUCCCACCGGGGAUGGUAUGAGCACUAUCAAUAUCAGCGCCGAUUCUGGGGGGCAAGUUAAAAGGGAACCCACCGAAAUGUUGGAACCAGCAAUCAAGACGGAUGUCAAAGGCUCGAUCGACAACAAGACGACAAAUCAUUCUCCUUGGCUCGGCAAGUUGGAAGGGGAUAACGGAGACGCCAACAACCAUGUGCUGUUUGUGUUCGAUAGCGCUGGCGAAGGCGGCUUUAGAUGCAUUCCAUUGAGCAAGACCUACAGAUUCUUGCAGAAGAGCACGAAUUCUCUUUCGGCGGAAGAGAUUGAGAGAGAGGUGAGUCAUUGGUCUCCCGUAUGAGCACGCCGCGGUACGCCCAAUGUGGUCGAAGUGUCCUGACCAUUUUCGUAUAAACUCAUGCAUGAUAGUACGAACGCUACCAAAAAUCGCGAGACAAUGGCGCGUCGCGUUGGAUGUUGCGAGCACAAGAAGCCAUCUCCCUUGGAGCUGGGCGCUCCUCUCGUCGCAAUCAGUCUUCCAGCUCUUCUUUACGUACUGGUGGAGUGAAAAAGGAAGAUCCUGGUGGGGAUGAAGACGAUCUCGAUAGCGUGCCCGAGUGGAAGCACUUGCUCUUGCCGAAUGGGAGCACACUGAGCGCGGCUAUCGCUAGCAGCUCGGAAAAGAAACCUCGUGAUCAGGCCAGCAGGCAGCGGGUGGGCGGCAGGAGACGGCGCGAAGUGAGUGUGGGCGGCGGGAGUGGUCCUCAUUGUCGAACGAGAGGGUUAGCGCGGAGCUGACAUUUCAAUGUCCUCGCUCUUCAAUCAGUCAAACGAGGGCAGAUACGACGAGCUGGACUUUCAGGAAGAGAUGGCGGACGAUGAUGAUCGCAACGAGAUGGAAGGAUACGAUUUGGGCGAUGAAGAGACGCACGAGCUAGAGGAGAGAAUGAAGAGAGAGAUGGCUAAAGCUGAAGCCUCCGACGAGGACGAGGAUGAUGAUUUUGCACCGCAAGAUGAUUUGUUUGGAGGGUCUACCAAGAGGCCAGGAAGUAGAAGGGACGACAUGUUGACGGGAAGCGACAAUCAGAUGAAUCGAAUCGUCAAGGCGCUGGCAAGAAACAUGGGCAAUGAAGCGUAUGAGGAGGAAGACAAUCCUUACCUCAGCGAUGUGAGUUUGUCGUGAUCUGCACCUUGUGCGAUGAGACGCUGACAACGUUGCGUCACGUCGAUGAUACAGGAGUCGGACGAGUCUGAUCUCGCAGUCGCCAAUCCCGAGAAGGCGCUGCAGGAAGUGCGCGAAGAGAGAGAGAAGCGCGAAAAGGAGGAAAAGGAGAGGUUGAAAGCUAUGGGAGGCAUCGGCAAUAACGGCUCGACAUCGGUCUCCACACCUGGCAGAGAAACGCCGCCUCCGGGCACAAAGAGCGGCAACGCGACGCCGAGUGGAAGGAUGGAGAAGCAGAAAUCGGCUGGCGCAGGCUCGAUCGUGAUGGGACAGAAGCAUAAACCUGGAGCUGGACAUGCUAGUGUGGCUCAACGAGCUACCAGCCCUUCUGCGAGCGCGAACAGGCAGACCAAACAUUCGAGAGCCAACAGCAGAUCUACCAGCCCUGUUGCGGGUGGAAGUGGAGGCGCAGGCUCGAGUGUCAGAGCGACGAGCCCAAUGUCAAGAACGGCCACGAACCCGACGCCGUCCACGGCGGAUCGCAACUCGUCGAACAAGCGCAAGAGCGAAGCGCCAGUAUCGCAUUCUGACAUGUCUCUGA